GUUUAAAAAAUCUUGAAUUGUUACAAUUAAUAUCCAGACGAUAUCCAUCGUGCAUACGCGUGCAGUGUGUGGAACAGAUUUCUUGCAUAUUAGGCCUAUAGAUUAGCCUUUCACUUGCCGUUUUUUGCGUCGUAGUCCGUUCGUACAAAAAAAAUCACGUGUAUCUAUCUCCGCUGAUAUAUAUGAUUUUAUAUUUAAUUCCCUCCCCUCCCCCCCUUUGUGGAAUACUGGUCUGAAAUGUAUUCUGGGAAUGGUUUUCACUUGUAUGCAAGAGGGGAGGGGAGGGAGACACUGCGUGUGUGUUUCAGAGAGCUGGGGGACAGGGAACGAGCAAGCCAGGAGCUUUCAAAUAUGGCGUCUUCGGAAAAAAAAUGAUUGAAAAAAAAUAUUCUCAAAAAAACAAGGCCUAGCACUCAGAAAGCCCGCAGCCGGAGUAAAACUCGGAUUCGGAGCUUCACUGCAACUGCGCCGUUUUAGUCAUUUUAAAAGCAGGAGGUGAAGGCGCGUAAAACACCGACGCAACUCGGCAUAUAUUAGAUGCGUCGACAAAGCUAGCUAACUAGCUAGUUCCUUUGCUAGCUACCAACAUUAUAUAUUUGAGAGAGGGAGGGAUGUACGUGGCAGCUGGUAGAUACUUCUCCGGGGAACCACGUCGCACAUUUGCCAAAGCUAAGAAGUUUAUCGGGCAGGCAGGAGAAAGAACGACGGGUCGAGCCGAGCCGACAAUCGGAAGCCGUCCAUCCGCGUCCUGUACAGCUCUUUGAUAACUACCCCCGAGAAAGGGGAGGAGAAAGACGCUUCGGAAAGAGACGUGUGCUCUUAGCCGCCUAGCACGCUAGCUGUCUGCCUAUCAGCAUUUAUUCGCUAGCUAGCUAGCUAGCUGGCUUGCUAGCGCAGAACAAUGUCCGUGCUUUUUUGCUCAAAGACAAUAGCCAGAUAUUGAAAGAAACACGGCACAAGAGAGGGAAAGAGGAAAACUGAUUUUUUUUUUGGUGAUUGGUGUGACCCCCCUUCAUAUCUCCCUCCUCCCCUCUUCAUAUCCUCCUCCUUCCCCUCCACUCCAUUUCGCUCCCUCUCUAUGCCGUUUCCCAUUCUUGAAGACUUGCUUGCGAAACGGAAUAAACAGAUAUUGAAAAUUGGGAGGAAAAGAGCAGACACCUUGUUUGAGUGCCACACUUUAGUUUUUUCUCCUUUCCCAAUCCUCGCCGUUUCUCCAUCUCCAUCCUUCAUAUAUUUUAAUGGAUAGAAAUUAUCCAGGUGCAGGAUUUGGUGAUUUGGGCGCAGGAACGGGAUGGAGUUACGAGAGGUCGGCGAAGGCAAGGCAUGUUCAGUGGACAAAGGUCUGGUUUACGGGAGCUCCAGAUCAUCCCACCCAGAUUCGGAGCUCCUCCAUCGUCAAGCGUAUGCGACGCCCCACCCCCUGCAGGGCUAUGCAACCAAUCAUCAUCCUGCUAGUUCUGGGCAGGGCGGAGCCUGGGGGGCAGCGGGGCGCAGCUUGGGUCUCUCUGGGCUGUUUGACACCGGCCUGCACCACGCCAGCCCCUCUGGCCCCGACGCCUCCGUCAUGAAUCUAAUUUCAGCUCUGGAGUCCAGGGGUCCACAGCCACCCCCAUCCGCCUCCUCCCUCCUCUCUCAGUUCCGCACUCCAUCCUGGCAGACAGCCAUGCACACUCCAGCUCCCGCUGAGCUCUUCAUCUCUGGUGCCCUCCCCGGUUCCGGAACGUUCCCGUCGUCCUCGGCCCUCUCCGCUUACCAGCACCCAGCCUCGUUUUCAGGCCGUUCCUUCCCAGGGGUAACCCCCUCGCUGUCCCUCCAGGAAACCCCCACGUUCAGUCCCACCUCCAAUGGCCUGCUCUCCCCCCACGAUUCCCUGCUGCACAUCAAGCCACCGUCUCAGUCCAGUCUGGGCUUUGAUCGCCUGCUCUCCUCGCAGGGGGCGGCGUACAGAGGAGGACAGGACCCCACCGGCCCCCCGCCUCCGCAAGCUUCUACUACCUCCUCCUCUCGCCACCUGCCCCCACACCAGUUCAACCUGCUCUCCUCCCAGCUGCAAGACCAGUCUUCUCAGUUAUACAACGCCUCUGUGUUCUCGUCAGCCCCUGCACCCCCACAGCCACCCCCCCAGGAGCGAGCCAUUUCGAGACAAGACAGUGUCAUAAAGCACUACCAGCGCCCUCCUCCCUCCCAGUCCCAGCUGCCCUCCUCGGCUCACUCCCUGCAGCACUAUCUCAGCUGUGGGGCUUCGGGUUAUCAGCAGAUCGCCCACCACAGGCAUGCCGGGGUCUCCUGCAGCCCACUCGGCGAUCAAAGUCCCUCGUCUGAACCGAAACCUUCCCCACGGGCAGAGCAAGGCUACCGGCCCAUCAUCCAGCCCCCCUAUACCACCUCUUCAUCCUCAUCCUCUGGGGGUACAGGGAAGGGGGCGAAGAGCAGCUCCAGCAGCGGCUACUCCUCCUCCGGUUCGGGGUCCUCCUCUCGGACUCCUCAUACUCCUCCAUCCGCCUCCUCGACCUCUUCAUCCUCCUCCUCCUCCUCAUCUGCAUCGGGAGCGCAUCCACCGAAUUCAAAUCCCACGUCCAGCUCCACAUCUGCCCCAUCUAGGCAGCAGCCCCCACCCCAGUCUACUCCAGCCCCGCCACCACCCCUUCCACCCCCAACCUCCUCAUCCUCUGCCCCGCAGCCGCCCCCAAAGCCGUGCCUCUCAGGCUAUGGUUCCCCCGUCGCCCCUGUCAAGCCAUCUUCAGCCCUCUCUGGACAGACACCCCCCCAGCAGCAGACCCAGUCCUACUCCCCCAGUCAGCCCCCUCCCACACACCUUACACAGCCCUAUGGUGGAUUCAGCUCCCCCCAGGCCCAGGACCUGAGCUCUGGUGCCGGUGCUGGUCAGGGCAAAAGUUAUGGCAGUUUCUCGGCCGAGGUGGUUUACGGGGCCGAUUCAGGGUACAGUUCACUGUCAGCGUCUCUAGGGGGUGCCGGAAGCCCGUCCUUGGGCUAUAGUGGCCCAGGCCACUCACCUGCUCUUCUAGGAUCUGGCGGAGGUGGGGGCUCAGCAGGAGGCAGCACAGGAUCCGGGGCGGGCAGUGGAGGUGGUGGGGGUGGUAGUGCAGGAUCUGGGGGAGGGGGUAGCAGUGUAGGGAGUGGAGGGGGAGGAAGCUCAUACCACCUCCCAGACUCCAGCCCCUCGCCCUCGGGCAAUUCUGGAAUAAUCCGUCCUGGGCUUCAUUCUCCUGCCCCAGCUCGUCGUGCUCAGUCCCCAGGGGGAGCUGGGGGCAACAAGUACCUGUCCUCUGUGCUCUCCCCAGCUUUCCUGUCCUCCCCACAAGGUUACACUGAUAGCCGGGGGCCCCCACCUCAGUCCUACCACCCCACGCCCCCUAAAUCUAAGACCGACUCCGACAUCCUCGGGGUGGAGCGAUCCCAUGAUGACGAGGAUGAUGAUGACGACUUCUUGAUCCAGCAUCUCCUGCAGGCUCAAAGCCCAGGCCCCCAUGCCUCCCAGCACCACUCACAGCAGCCCCCCCAGCCACAGUCCCAGGCCCCGUCUGUACCACAGACCCAGGAUGGUGGGAAGGCACUGGCAUAUGAGCUGAGCAAGAGCUCCGAAGAGAGGUAUCACCUCCAGAGUGUCAUCCGCACUAACAGCGCCACCUCUAAUGCGGGAGUUAGCAUUGGGGGUGCAGGAGGGCCCGGAGGAGCGCCCUCUGGUGGCAUGGAGGGCCAGAUGGACAUUUCGCUAAAGAAGCAGCAGCAGGCAGCACAGCAGCAGAAGCCUGAGAGGCCUGGAGGAGGCGGCGGGGGGAGAGGUGGGGCAGAGCAGGCGCAUUCGCACUCGCACACCCACACGCACCCCCAUCACCACGACUCCCUAGGCUCCGUGGUGCACUACAGCCGUGGCGACCCAUACUCCCACACCCUGCCCCAGCACCAGGCCCACCCUUCGCACGCUCUCACUCAGCCUCACUCACAUCCCCACAUGGAGCUCCAGAAGAAAGCCCAGGACCCAUCAGAGCAUCCAUACCUGCGCAAGACCCCCGACCUGCAGCCGCCACCACCCCAGGCCGGCCUCUCCCUCCUGGACUCGCCCACUGACCAGCCACGCCAGCCGCAGCACCUCCUGCAGUCAGUACUGUCCCACACGACCCGUGGCAAGAUGGACUCGCAGACCCAGCAGCACUCCAUGGGACAGCAGGCCAUGAUGGCUGGGGCUGGGGGCGUGGGGAGAGCAGCGGGGGAGAACCAGCCCUCGUCCUCCCAGCUGCAAAUGCAGCUCCAGUCUCAGGCCAUGGAAGCCCACUAUGGCCGGGGAGCCCAGCAGGACCAGAACCAGUCCAGCCAGAACUCUGUCCCUCCCUUAGACAUGCUGGAGCACUCGCUCUCUCAGACUUCCUCCAGGGAGGUAGGGGGCACUGGAGAGAGAGGUGUUGGUGGGGGAGUGGGGGCUGCCGGGAGCAGCAGCGACCGGCACAGGCAGCAGCAGUCUCACAGGAUGCCCCCCCUUCACCAGUCCCACCACGCCACGUCUGAGCUGCACGACUUCCUGUCCGAACCCGACUUGGGCUUAUCGGCCCCCUCCCACAUGCAUCACAUGGCCCCCCAUCACCCCCACCCCCACACUCACCCCCACUCCCAUCACCAGCACCCUCAUGCUCACCACCCUCACCACCCUCAUCCGCACCCCCAUCCUCACCAUAUGCCCCCACCCCAAAACUCUGUCCCCCCUCAGCAACAGCAGCAGCAGAGAGAGCAGGAUGGCCACCCCUCCCAGCUCUCCCAGUCACAGCUGGAGCAGCUGAAGGAGCAUCAGUUUGACACGGGCAGCCCUGUAGGGAAAGGCGGCCAGGGCCAGCAGCAGAGAUUUGUACCCCUGACCUCCAUCUGCUUCCCCGAUUCCCUCCUGCAAGACGAGGACCGCUCCUUUUUCCCGGGAAUGGAGGACAUGUUCUGCUCCGACGACUACAAGUCCAGCUGCAGUGGAGGAGGGUCAGAACAGGCUGGGCAGGAGGGGGUUUCAGAAGGGCGACGUGGGCAGGACGGCAUGGAGGCCGUGAAGGCGGCAGGUGGAGCCGCCGGGGGCAGUUACGACAUGCUGGGGCACCACGGAGACCAGGGCUAUGAUCAGUACUGCCACAGCCUCCCAGAGUCCGGCGGCGGGAGUGUGCACUUGGACCUGGACUCUCUGAAGACGCAUGAGCUGCCCUCCACGGUGAACACGGAACAGCUCGGCCUGAUCCAGGGCAUGGGGGCCACUGGUACCCCUGGAGAUGGAUCAGGGAACAAGAUGCUCGGUGGGACUGGGGUUGGGGGAGGAACCAACCCUGGGGGGCUCACUUCUCCCAUCUUCUGCUCUUCUCGCCCUAAAAAGCUUUUGAAGACCAGCUCCUUCCACCUUCUGAAGCAAAGACGCGACCCGAACUCCCUGCCCAAGAAGAGUUAUGCACAGGAAUACGAGUUUGAGGAUGAUGAGGACAAAGCCGACGUUCCUGCUGAUAUCCGCCUGAACAGCAGGAGGCUCCCGGACCUGCUCCCAGACUUGGUUUCCAGCUGUCGAAAGUCAGCGGGACCUGUGGGAGGUGAAGGACCUCUGAGCCCCCUCAUGGGUGACCUCGAUUUCUGUCAUACCUCUGGAUACCCAUCGCUUGGCCCUCCUCCCCAGCUCAUGCCUCACGACGGGCCCAAGAAGAGGGGCAGGAAGCCGACGAAGCCAAAAAGAGAGGGGCCCCCACGGCCCAGAGGCAGGCCUAGGAUUCGGCCAUUACCGGAACCCCACCACUCCCGAGGCAUGAUGGGGGCCCUGGGGCCGGGGCUCGGCGGAGAGAGCCGAAGGGGGAGAGGGCGGGGUAGGGGGCGAGGGAGGAGGGAGGACACCAUGAUGGACAUGGCCAGUAAAGGCCAGAACCAACAUCACCAACAUCUACAAGUGCAACAGCAGUUGCAUCACCCAGCACAGGAGCUUGCGGAGCCCAUCAGACCCCUGAAGAUAAAACUGCCGAUCCCACCCAUGCCUCCCUCUGAUGCCCUCCUCAGAACAGACUCACUGUCUGGCACCGACCCAGUUCUGUCAGAUGGUUCUGUAGGUUCUGCUCCUUCUCUGGGUCUGAGCCCUGGACCCACCAGUGGGAUGGACAUGAACAGAACUCCAGAUAAGAUCAAACAGAAAGUCCAAGAGGUUGAUGAUAAAGAGCCAGAGGUUAAAUCCGGAUUUAUGGCCUCCUUCCUGGACUUCCUUAAGUCCGGCAAGAGGCCACCAGGGUCGGGAGUGCCUACAGGGGCUGGUGGGACUCCUGACAACGGUGGCACCUCCCCCAACAAGACAGGCAUCCGUCCCCUGUCUCCACCACCACCCCCUCCACCCCCUCCAGCUUUUGGUGAAACCGAGGGGGAUGGGGGCUUGGCACUCAGCAACUGCCCCAGUCCAUGCAAGCGGCUGGAUGAGGAACUGAAGAGGAACCUGGAGACCCUCCCAUCCUUCUCCUCGGAUGAGGAGGACUCUGUGAGCAAGAACCAGGACCUGCAGAAGAGCAUCUCCUCUGCCAUCUCGGCGCUCUACGAUACUCUGCAGACGCCGCUCCCUGUGGCUCCGCCCACGCCGGUGCCUCCCACCCCCCAGCCCCCAUCUCUGAGCCCCCCACCAGCUCCACACGUGCACCAGGUGUCUCCGGAGCCGGCCGAGCUCGAGAGGCAGGAGGAGCAGGAGGACGAGGAGAGCCUUGGAAGAGAAGAAGAGAUGGAGGAGGAGAGAGAACCUGAGCUGGAGGUGCUAGGUGCCCCCAAAGUGGCAGAUUCCCCCACAGAACCCCCUCCGGUUCCUGCAACUGCCUCUCCUCCACCCCCCUCCCCAUCCCCCGCACCCUCUUCCUCUCCUUCCCCUCCACCUCUGCCCCCACUUUCUCUCCCGUCCCCCCUCCCUCCGCAGGAUGAGCCACACCAACAGAAAUCUCCACCUUCCAGCCCGCUUCCUCCAUGUCAUUGUUCCCCGUCCCCGCCACCUCCGAUACUCCCUCCAUCCUCGACUCCGCCCCCAUCCUCCCCUCUGCCUGUCCCCGAGUGUCCCCAGCCAUCACCCCCUUCCCCCCCUACCCCAGAAGAUGCCCCUGCCGCCCAAAUAACACCCCUGCAUUUGGCCAAGAAGCAGAUCAAUGCCGCCAUUGCCGGGGAGAGCGAGGAGGAGGACAGCGAGAGUGGCGGAGAGGGCAUAUUCCGCGAGAGGGAUGAGUUUGUGGUGCGGACUGAGGACAUUGGCACUCUUAAGCUGGCUCUGCAGACUGGUCGUGAGCCACCCCCAAUCUGGAGGGUACAGAAAGCGCUUCUGCAGAAGUUUACCCCUGAGAUCAAGGAUGGGCAGAGGCAGUUCUGUGCUACCAGCAACUACCUGGGAUAUUUUGGCGAUGCCAAGACGCGGUAUCAGCGCCUCUAUGUCAAGUUUCUGGAGAACAUCAACAAGAAGGACUACGUGAGGGUUUGUUCACGGAAGCCGUGGCACAGGCCUGCACUAGCGCUCAGGCGUCAGUCUAUCCCCAAGCCAGCCGUACAUCCCCGCAGCCAAACCCCUCCCCGUGUGGAGAGGGAGGAGAAGGAGCGCGAGAGGCAGAGGGAGUGUGAGCAGCGAGCAAAAGAGCGUGAGAAAGAGCAGCGCAGCAAGGAGCAGCAGGAGAAGGAGCGAGAGAGGGACAAGGAGAAGACGAAGGAGAGGGAGAGAACCCCUCACCCACCCCAGGAGAAGCUGGAGAAGAAGACUGGAGGGGUAGAGCGAGGCAAAGGAAGGGAGGACAGGAGAGCAGGUGGGGGGAGUGAAAAGAAGCUAGAGCGCCCCCCCAAGGCAAGACCAGUGAAGGUGAAAGCAGAGCCUCCUCCAAAGAAGAGGAAGAAGUGGCUGAAAGAGGUGCCGUCCUCCUCCGAUUCAGAGUCCUCGCCUGACCCCCCCAGCGAGGAUGAAAUGCCGGUUCGCGGAGGAAUGAACAGCCGGGCCAUGCGAGAGAUGUUCCGUAGCUACGUGGAGAUGCUUGUCAGCACAGCACUAGACCCUGACAUGAUACAGGCUCUGGAGGACACUCACGAUGAGCUAUACUUGCCUCCAAUGAGGAAGAUCGACGGAAUCCUCAAUGAGCAGAAGAGGAAGCUGCUGAGAAGAGUGAACAUGAGCUCUCAGCACCAAGAGGCGCUACACGCUUACCCACAGAUGACAGCGGAUGCCCUGGACUCAGGAGCAGUGAGGGUGCGACUAGGUGGGGAGGGGUACAAUCGUAAGACCCUGAACAGAGUGAAAAGGAGCCUGCCGAAACAACAGGACUUUAAGCUGUCAACGGAAACAUGCAGGCUGUACAGUCUUUACCACUCCCUGCAUCAUUAUAAAUAUCACACCUUUCUGCACUGCAAACGAGAGACGGACAGUAUUGAGCAGGCAGCAGAAGACCCCGGGCAGGAGGAGGUGGUACAGCAGUGCAUGGCCAACCAGGGCUGGCUGGAGACCCUCUUCAACUCUUUCAUCGAGCUGCUCACCCUCAGUGCCAAAGCCUGAGGGACCGGAGAGGGACAACGAGGCCGAGAGUAGAUCAGCCACCAGGGUCUGGGAUGGGCAACUGCAGUCCUCAGCAGACAGCUGAAGCAGGCCCUUCCCAGAGCCACCCUGUCGGUCGGAUCUGCCCUCUCUCACUCGUGCUUUUGUCAAGAUGAGACCCCUUUUCAGCUGUGGCUCCCCAAAGCAGCCAAGGCUGCAAGCGCUUUUGACAAAUGUAACCACGGACACUCGACUUGCCCAGGCUUGGGUGCUGUUUGCAGGCCGAGUCCUGCAAGGAUGUGAGCUUCUGAAGGAAACUACAAGGAGGAGAGGCUCACAGGCUGAGCUGAUGGGCUAAGGAGGAGACGGUGGUCCGAGGUUCACCGGAAUAAAGCAGACGAGAGACCGAGACUUUUGAUAGUGUUAGAAGACUCUGUGUUAAUGGUUUUAUUUAUCAUAAUUUAUUUCAUACUUUUUUGUGCGAGAUAACAGUAUCUGACGUUAAAAGGUCACAAGAGGUGGGGAAAAAAACAGUACUUUUGCAGUGUGUAAGAAAUGAAAAGUUGAUCAUAAUGUAGGCUUAGACGAGAGGUUCAGAACAAAAUGCGUUUUGCCAUUCAGUGCUAUAGGCUGUGUCAGAAAGCUGUGUUUUACUUAUAUAAUAAAUAUUAAUCAUUGUUAUUUUUAUUAUUUAUACAAGAACAUUUUUAAGUACCCAGACAAGCUGGGAUAGUUUGUUAUUGCUAUUUUAAACAACAUUCUGUUCAGGUAUAAAUGAGAUUUAUACCAUACCUUAUGCCCACUCCCUUGUCCUGUUUUUUCUCCAUGCAGGAAGAAAUGGAGACAAGAAUGGCAAGAAAAUGUGUUUUUUUGUCUCAUUUUAAAAAAAGGGGGUAAAAUUGUAUUUAAAUGAAAAGGUGUUAUGUUCAUUCUUAAAAUGAAGGGAAAAGUGAAAUAUGUAAUGUGUUUGGUUUUCUAAAUGAAAGUGGGAAGGCUAUACAGAUGUAAUAAUUAAAACGAGAAUGUGUUAACAGUUUUGUUUUUAUCUGUUGUUUGUUGUUUAUAAUUAUUUUUGGAGCUGUCUGUUUUAUUUUCUGUUAAAGUUCUUAGUGUAAAUAUUGUACAGUUCUUGAUUCAAAUUUCCCUGUUCUUCUGUACAUUAACUACCUGUAUUUGACAAAACAAAAUAAAAACAUUAAAAGAACGGAAACGAUGGGGGGAGGGGUGAUCGUUUGGUGCGCCUGUAUGGCUUCUUUCAAUUAAAAUGAAGUUGUCCAUA